AGAAGACGGCACUGGUAUGGCAUCGGCGGGGGAUACAGGGCAUCUUAAUACGGAGGGACGGCAAGCUGAUCGAAUCGCAUUGGACCGAACUACUGGCGGGAAUGCUCACAGUGGAGGUCGCCGGCAUAAGUCAAACUUCUUCGAGAAGUUGUUUGGUCCACUAUGUGGUCGAAAGAACCAGAGCGACUAG